ACCAAAUCCAGAGUGGAAAAAAUGGGCAACAUGGCAACGGAGAUUGUUGCCUUUCUUCUAACCAUCUCUGGGUGGAUCUUGGUAUCGUCCACAGUGUCCACAGACUACUGGAAGGUGUCGUCCGUGGAUGGGACAGUUAUCACAACGGCAGCGUUCUGGUCUAAUCUGUGGAAAAUGUGCGUGACUGAUUCCACGGGGGUGUCCAACUGCAAAGACUUCCCGUCGAUGCUGGCUUUGGAUGCAUAUAUCCAGGUGUGUCGGGGUUUGAUGAUCGCCUCUGUUUGCCUGGGUUUCUUUGGUGCCGCUUUGGCAUUGCUGGGAAUGAAGUGCACAAAAAUAGGGGGCUCGGACACCACCAAGGCUCGUCUGACCGUCCUGUCGGGCCUCCACUUCAUUCUCAGUGGGAUCUGCUGCAUGACUGCAUGUUCCAUAUAUGCUCGUAGGAUCACAACAGACUUCUUUGACCCAAUGUUCGUUGCGCAGAAGUAUGUAUCCAAGAUCAUAAAACAUCUCAAAGAUUCACAUAAACCUGUUCGUCAGAACUGAGUUUUUUCCAUACGUAGGUUUUGAACUGGGAGCUGCUCUCUUCAUAGGCUGGUCUGGAUCCGUGCUUUGUAUUUUAGGUGGACUUCUAUUGUGCCUCUCCCUUUCUGAAAGCUUCAGCUUAAGGUCAACAUUUUUUUAGGUUUUGCAAACACAAUAUGAUAUAGUUAAUCAUUUUUAAAAUAGUUUUUCUAAUUUUUGCAGAGGCAAAUACUGCUACACAGGAGCACCGUCAUUCGGGACAACACACAGCAAGGCGGCAAUCAGCCUGCAAAUGGAGCCACGAGAGCCAAAAAAAACACAUAACGCUUAUGUGUGAAACAAAGUGAACUCUGUCUUCUUUCUUAGGUCAACAGCAUCGAUUUCUAACUUUUAGUAAAUAACAUCUGAAUAACAGAAGCACAUAUCGAAGGCCAUUAUAGAUGGAAUAAAAUUACUGCCAAAAAACCCCUAAAAUGUUUAGAUUAAUCUCAGAAAUAUUCAAGAAAAAUACUUUCAAAAGUUGGAAGAUUUUCUACUCUUGAAGCUUUUAUGAAUUUCUGGUACGCUUCAUAGCGUCAAGCUGGUGCAUUACAUACAUCACGGACACAUUUCAACUUCAACAGAGUCCAUGGCUUCCAGGAAGCAAUUGGCCGAGAGUCCAGACCUUCUGAAUGAAGCCAGUAGCAUAAAAAAAGGCCUGGUUUUUACCAGGCUAUCUGAGCAGUUGUUCAUUUUUAAUAUCUCACUACAAUAACUUCCACCAAAAGCUAACUGGAACUAGUAGCAAAGAACAGUUCUUUCAUCUCUGCUAUGAGAACAUUCAUUGCUCCCGGGAACUCUCAUUAUCUUGGAUUUACUUGUAAUUAAAACAGCACAAAGACCCUAUGGUGUAUUUCUGGGAACCAUGGCACAGUGCAUACUUGGUGAAAUGACCAAUAACCAACAGCUCACAGCCCAAGGCACAAUCAGGAGUGAUGGUUCAAGCAGCUUAACUCAUACCAGUAGUGCCAUCACAUACUUCCUGUAAAGGUCAAAACAACUGAAGCAUAUGGUUUAUGGUCACAUCAAACAGAAUAUGGAGUUGUAAAGUAAAUCACUAAGAUGUACGCCUGAUGAGAGAUGUUUUGUUGUAAGUUAAGUGUCAAAAAGUGAAGUUGGGGGAGCGUGAAAUUGGAAGGGUACGCCAGUAUUUUAUGACAAAAAUCAGCCGCAAUGGAGAGGUUUUAAGAAUUAAUGCUGUGUUUUAGGUCAUUUCAAUCUGAUUUAAGGUCACACUUUGACUAGAUUUAAGCUAUAAACGUGGUUAAUAACAGGUAGCUUUUGAUUUAACAUGAGUAUAUUUACUUCAUACUGGGCCAGGUUAGUUAAAAACUGGCAUUUAAAAACUGCAUUUUGUAUUUACUCUGCUAAAUUCUGUCUGACAUUAAAAAUUAGC